AUGUCUUCCCCAAUCAUAGGUAUACAUUUUGGUAACACUUCCUCCUCUAUUGCUUACAUCAACCCAAAAAAUGAUGUAGAUGUCAUUGCUAACCCAGACGGUGAACGUGCUAUUCCAUCCGUUUUAUCUUACGUCGGUGAAGAUGAAUAUCACGGUGGUCAAGCUCUACAACAAUUAAUCAGAAACCCAAAGAACACUAUCGUUAACUUCCGUGAUUUCAUUGGUUUACCAUUUGCUGAAUGUGACGUUUCCAAAUGCGCGAACGGUGCUCCAGCUAUCGAACUUGACGGUAAAGUUGGUUUUGUUAUCUCCAGAGGUGAAGGUAAGGAAGAACAGUUAACUGUCGAUGAAGUUGUUUCAAGACAUUUAAACAGAUUAAAGCUAGCUGCUGAAGAUUAUAUCGGUCAAACUAUUGCUAAGGUUGUCAUUACCAUUCCAACCAACUUUUCUGCAGACCAAAAACUAGCUUUAUCUGAAGCCGCUUCUAAGGUCGGUUUACAAAUUGUUCAAUUCAUUAACGAACCUUCUGCUGCCUUAUUAGCUCAUGUUGAACAAUUCAACAUCGAAAAAGACUGUAACAUCGUUGUUGCUGAUUUUGGUGGUGUCAGAUCCGAUGCUGCUGUAAUUGCUAUCCGUAACGGUAUGUUCACCAUCUUAUCUACUGUCCAUGAUUUGAACUUAGGAGGUGACAACUUAGACACUGAAUUAGUUGAAUAUUUCGCAAAGGAUUUCGAAAAGAAGACUAAAUCAAACCCAAGAAAUAACGCUAGAUCCAUGGCCAAGUUGAGAAGUAAUGCCAUCUUAACCAAGAAGACUUUAUCUAAUGCCACUUCUGCUACUAUUUCCAUCGAUUCCUUAGCUGAUGGUUUCGAUUACCAUACCUCAAUCAACAGAAUGAGAUACGAAUUAACUGCUAAUAAAGUUUUCUCUCAAUUUGUUAGCUUCAUCAACACCGUCAUUGAAAAGACUGGUUUAGAUAACUUAGACAUUGAUGCUGUCUUAUUAGCAGGUGGUGUUUCUUUCACUCCAAAACUAACCUCUAAUUUAGAAUUCUUAUUCCCAGAAUCAGUUGAAAUUUUAGGUCCACAAAACAAGGAUGCUUCAAACUAUCCAAACGAAUUAUCUGCUUCAGGUGCUGCUUUACAAGCUCGUUUGAUUGCCGAUUACGAUGAUGAUGAAUUGAAAGACGCUGCCCAACCAGUUGUUGUUAACACAUUACAUUUACAAAAAGCCAUAGGUUUCGUUGAUGGUAAUGGUGAAUUUGUUCCAGUAUUGUUACCAGAAACCUCUUACCCAGUUCAAAAGAAGAUCACUUUUUCUAACGCUCAAGGUGACCUGUUAUUGGGUGUCUACGAAGGUAAAUCUUACGUCGAAGAAAAGACCCUUGAACCAGAACAAAGAGAAGAAGAUGAAGAAGACAGUGAAGAAUGGUCCGAUGAAGAACCAGAAACUGUUAGAGAAAAGCACUACAAGACCACUGCUAAAUUAAUGGAAUUAGGUGUUAAAGAUGUCAAGAAGGGUUUAGAAGUCACUUUCAAUGUUAACAAAGAUAGUGUCUUAAGAGUUACCGCCAGAGAUUUGAAGACUGGUGCCGUCACGAAAGGCGAAUUAUAG